UACUCUGUUUCCACCCAUCAUCAUCAUCAUCAUCAUCAUCAUCCUCCUUAUAAGCUCUUUUCCGUAAAUACAAACACUUCUCAAACCUGUAUAUAUAUAUAUAAUAUUAAAUUCACCUCCCGAGAAAAUAGCAACUGAAGGUGGGAAUUGGAAAAGACCUAGAAUUCCUGUAACGACGCUGGCAAGAUCAAUUAUCUAUAAACAACUCUAGUAUUUUUGUUCAUUCACCCAACUCCAACGAGACUUUGUACCAGUUGAUGUGGCUUAGGGAAUGGCAAAUCGAGGUCAAAAAAGAACUGAGGUUGUGGAUGGAUUGCCAGCAGAUAAGCGUGCAUGUAGUUCGUUAGAAUUCAGGCCAAGUUCUUCCAAUUCAUCGGCUCAAACACCAAUGAGUUCUGCUCAUGAAGCCCAGGAUGCUGACAUGGACACAUCAUCUUCCACUUCUGGCUCAACUAGAUCCGAGGGUGACGGAGAGAAAGAAUCUGCAUAUGGCUCUUGUGAUUCUGACAAUAGCAUCCAUGAUUACUAUAGGCAUCGAUCAAUGAGUGAUCAGAGCAAGUUUAAGAAAGUGCUGUCGAGUUUAAGUGAGGAGGUGGAGGAAUCAGGGCAGUUGGCUCUACUCACAGAGCUGUGCGAGUUGCUAUCCUUUUGUACUGAUAGUUCUCUCUCGAGCCUAAUGGUGGACUCAUUUUCUCCAGUACUUGUCCGAUUGGCAAGGCAUGAGAGCAAUCCGGAUAUAAUGCUCCUGGCUAUAAGAGCUAUAACUUACUUGUGUGAUGUUAAUCCCCGAUCCUCAGGCUUUCUUGUGAGACAUGAUGCGGUUCCUGUCCUUUGUCAAAGAUUAAUGGCAAUUGAAUACUUGGAUGUGGCAGAGCAAUGUCUGCAAGCAAUGGAGAAAAUAUCACGUGAACAGCCACUUGCUUGCUUGCAAUCUGGUGCAAUAAUGGCUGUUUUAAGUUAUAUUGAUUUCUUCUCAACUAGUGUGCAGAGGGUUGCACUGUCUACUGUGGUCAAUAUAUGUAAGAAACUAUCUUCUGAAUCUCCUCCACUUUUCAUGGAGGCAGUUCCAAUUUUGUGUAACCUUCUCCAGUAUGAGGAUAGACAGCUUGUUGAGAGUGUGGCCACUUGCUUGAUCAAAAUAGGGGAGCAAGUCUAUUGUUCUGCAGAGAUGUUGGAUGACAUUUGUAAACACGGGCUGGUUCAGCACAUUCUGCAUCUAAUAGGCUUAAAUAGCAGAACCACACUUUGUCAACCAACAUAUAUUGGAUUGAUAGGGUUACUUGUCAAGCUGGCCGCUGGCUCUAUUGUUGCUUUCAGGACACUUUUUGAGCUCAACAUAAGCAACACAGUGAAGGACAUGCUAUCCACUUAUGAUUUGUCACAUGGAACACUGUAUGUUUCCAUGGUGGGUGGGCAUCACAGUCAGAUACAUGAAGUUUUGAAGUUGCUGAAUGAGCUUCUCCCAGCAAUUACUGAAGAACAGGAUGGUGAACAAAAGUCGGACAAAGAAGUUUUUCUUUUGAGCCAUCCUGAUAUUGUGCAGAAGUUUGGAGUUGAUCUACUUCCUAUCUUGAUUCAGGUGGUAAAUUCUGGUGUGAAUCUGCUUAUAUGUUACGGCUGUCUAUCUGUUAUCAAUAAGUUAGUUCGUUUCAGUUCAUCUGGCGCGCUUCAUUGUUUGCUACAAACUGCUAACUUUUCAAGCUUUUUGGCUGGAGUGUUUACAAGGAAGGAUCAUCAUGUGAUAAUUUUGGCCCUCCAAAUAGUUGAUACUAUAACGCUCAAGCUUCCGCAUGUUUACUUGAAUUCUUUUGUCAAAGAAGGUGUCCUAUUUUCCAUCUAUGCGCUGCUUUCUCCAGAUAAAGAUUUGAAGCAGUCUCCUGUUUUUGAUGGCAUCAAGAUGGAAAAUGAUGCAACUCUAAGGUCAGUUACCCGUGAUGUCCAUAGAUGCCCAUGCUUCACAUUUGAUACAGGUCAAUCUGCAAGAUCUCCAGAAAAUGGAACCUGCAAGCUUCAGAAAGACACUGUUCAGAAUCUUGCAAAGCAUAUAUGGAAUACUUACUUUGAAACAGAAUCAGUGAACCCUGAGAAAGGAGUAACUGAUAUUCUUCAGAAGCUCAGAACUUUAUCCAGUGCCUUAACAGCCCUGGUGAACAAGGCCCUGGAAGAGGCAACAUCUAGCCAACAGGAAAAAGAGAUUUAUGAUCUUUUGCACCAAAUCAUGUCUGAGCUUAAUGAUAAAGAUUCUAUCUCCACUUUUGAGUUUGUGGAGAGUGGAAUCAUAAAAGCAUUAGUUAAUUACCUAUCAAAUGGCAGGCAUAUUGUUGGACGAGAAGAUAAUAAUGCAGUAAAUAACUUGUGCAUAAUGGAGAAAAGAUUUGAAUUGUUUGGACGGCUACUAUUAUCCUGUGACAACACAGCUCGAGAGGAAUUUCCACUUCUGAUACUAAUAAGGAGACUACAAAGUGCUCUGUCUUCUGUUGAAAAUUUCCCUGUCAUCUCAAGCCAUACAGCCAGGCGGAGGAACUCUUAUGCCACUGUUCCAUAUGGGCGUUGCACUUCGUACCCAUGUCUCAAAGUUCAGUUUGUGAGGGAGAAAGGGGAGGUCUCUCUUCGUGAUUGUGCUGACGAUGUUGUGAAUGUCGACCCAUUUGUGGCUCUGGAAGAAAUUGAAGGAUAUUUGCUGCCUAGAGUGACUAAUGGUAAAACCAAGAUUUUGAGGUCAGAGUCUAAGGGUUCGAAGGAGAAAGAUAGUUCAUCUUCACAUUCACCGUCAGAUUCAAGCAUUUGUCAAGCCAAAAGUAUAGAUGUUAUAAAGUCCACAGAAAUGCUAGUUGAUUUUCACAAACUGCAGGAUAAGGAAUCAAAUUUGUUGUUGUCUUCACCAGCAGAUACUUCCAGUUCCUCACAAAGAAUUAUGGACUCAGCAGAUGUAGCUGAUGUUCAAACAGAUCCUCUUGAGCCAAAGGAGCAUGACCCCCUUCAAGAGGAUGGUGGUACCAAUUUUGAUCAUCCAGGAUGCAGCGAUUGUGAAGAAACUUCGCCAAAGUUGUUAUUUUACUUGGAAAGCCAGCAGCUGAACUGUAAAUUGACAUUAUAUCAAUCGAUUCUAAACCUGCAAACUGAAACAGACCAUGACAAUAUUUCAAGUGCCAGCUUGUGGAAUCGUAUAUACAAAUUGACUUACAGAAGACCUGUUACAACCAGAGUAAGACAUCCCAAGCCUAGUCAUGAUGAGGCACAAUGUUCUCUUUCAUUAAAAAGAGCCUUAUUCUUUCAGUACACUCCAUAUUUCUGUCCCAUGUUUGCUUCUGAAGUUGACCUUGAGAAACUGGGUCCUACAUAUGAUAUAUUGUCCCUUCUUAAAAGCUUGGAAGGAAUAAACAGAUUGAGAUUUCAUCUAAUGUCCCGUGAAAGAACAUAUGCAUUUGCUGAAGGAAGAACAGAUGAUUUGGAUAAGUUAAAUGUAGUGGUUUCUGAAGUCCCCCCAAAUGAAUUUGUCAACAAGAAGUUAACAGAAAAACUGGAACAGCAGAUGCGGGACCCUAUGGCUGUCUCUGUUGGGGCCAUGCCUGCGUGGUGUACCCAGUUGAUGGCUUGGUGCCCUUUCUUAUUUGGUUUUGAAGCGAGGUGCAAGUAUUUUCAUCUGGCAGCAUUAGGCCGAUCGCCAGUUCAAACUCAUUCCGUGUCUCAUGGUAAUGCUGGAGGUUCUGGUGGCAGGCAGCAAAGCCGCAGGAAAAUUUUGGUUCACCGAAAUAAAAUACUAGAAUCUGCUGCACAAAUGAUGGAACUCCAUACCCAUCAAAAGGUUCUUUUUGAGGUGGAAUAUGAUGAAGAGGUGGGUACUGGUCUAGGUCCAACAUUGGAAUUCUAUACAUUGGUCUGCCAUGAGUUCCAGAGAAGUGGCUUAGGUAUGUGGAGAGAUGACACUGUUCCACUUCAGUGCACAGCAGUUUUAGAGACUGAGAAUACGGGAUUUCUGGUGUCCCCUUUUGGACUCUUCCCACGCCCUUGGUCACCCUCGCUCAGUGCAUCAAGUAGCUCUGUAUAUUCAGAUGUGAUUGAAAAAUUUUCUCUUCUGGGAUAUAUAGUUGCUAAAGCUCUUCAAGAUGGUAGAGUUUUGGAUCUUCCGUUUUCAAAAGCUUUGUAUAAACUCAUUCUGGGGAAGGAACUUAGCUUGUACGACAUCCAGUCAUUUGAUCCUGCAUCUGGUAGGGCUCUUUUAGAGUUUCAGGCUGUUGUCGAAAGGAAGGAGUAUCUGAGGUCUGUGUGUAAAGAAGAAUCAGCUGAUCUUGAUGUAUGCUUGCGGAACACGAAAAUUGAGGAUCUCUGUCUUGAUUUCACCCUUCCUGGGUAUCCAGAUUAUGUUCUUGUACCUGAGACUGAUUCAAGGAUGGUAAAUCUCUAUAAUUUGGACGAAUACAUUACACUCAUUGUCGACGCGACAACAAAAUCUGGAAUCGCUAGACAAGUGGAAGCAUUCAAGUCAGGUUUUGAUCAGGUCUUCCCCAUUAAACAUCUGAAGGUCUUCACAGAAGAAGAAUUAGAGCGGUUACUAUGUGGAGAACAUGUGCUAUGGAAUUCAGAGGAUCUUUUGGAUCACAUCAAAUUUGAUCAUGGCUACACAAUUAGCAGUCCUCCUAUAGUAAAUUUACUGGAGAUCAUGCAAGAGUUUGAUCUGAAGCAGCAAAGAGCGUUCUUACAGUUUGUGACUGGGGCACCCCGGCUUCCAACUGGGGGGCUUGCUUCUCUCAACCCUAAGCUUACGAUUGUUCGGAAGCAUUGUAGCAAGGGGAUAGAUGCUGAUUUGCCGAGUGUGAUGACAUGUGCAAAUUAUUUGAAGCUUCCUCCUUACUCUUCAAAAGAAGUCAUGAAAGAGAAGCUCUUGUAUGCUGUAACUGAGGGACAGGGAUCAUUCCACCUUUCAUAAUCUGCCAUAAUGUUGCAGUACCAGGUAUAUAACAUGUGAAUAUGGAUUUAGGUUAGCUGAUGAUGUACAUAACGUGGGAAGCUGGUUUAGCUGCUGAGUAGCCGCAGCGGCUGGAGAGCGGAUCGAGUCGGAAAGAGAUGGAAGCUCUUCAGUCGUUCACUCUAGUUGUGAAAUGUGUAUAUAUGGCAUUCGCUGAUUAACACGAGUAGACGAGGUUGGAAGGUGAAUGUGUAGGGGCACAAAGACUGUACAGUUUUUCUUUCAAUCGUUAUAAAAUAGAUGCGUUUCAAUAAUUUUAAAGCAAUGGAAUAUAAUCUCUCUCUGAUGUCGCUCGGUGUGCAUAUGUGAGACGGGCAAGGACCCGCGCCCGCGCCUGCGCCUGCGCCUGCGCCUGCUGCUGUUUAUGUGUGGGUGUCUCCAAUGCGUUUCCACUGUAUAUACAUUGUGGUUUGGUCUGUUGAUCAGCCUGUGGAUGUACAUAUUACACUUCAUGGUAUCAUUAAAUGUGUUGAAUGUGAUA